UAUGAAGAUGGCUCUUGAUUGUUAUCAUUCUAGCGUCCGAUUGUUUAAUGAUCUUAGGCAGAAUCUGCAAGGCAAAGAUGAGUGGACAAUUAGUUACCGCAAUAUCCAUAAUAUGGUUUAUACCAGAUUAUGGCGUCUGAUUUUAAAGCAAGGUGACGUAGUUGAGGCUUUGUUCGCUGUUGAGCAAGGACGUGCACAAGCUUUAACAGAUCUUAUAAAUUCAAAGUACGAAACUGAAACACCACAUGGUGGGAAAAAAAUGACUUGCGACACAUUAAGUUGCCUCCUUUCAGAUACAGUCUUUUUGGCAGUCCACGAAAGAGAAAUAAUUUUCUGGAUUAUUCAAAAUGGAAAAGACGUUCAAUUAAGAAGAAAAGAACUCAGCAAUAAUAAUUCGGAGGAAAAUGCGAGCAGUGUGUUGGAGUCUUUAAUUAACAAUGCUCGUGAAAAAAAUGGUGUCAGUAGUGGCGUGAAAUGCGAGGAUCGUUCAUUGGAUAGGAAAAGCAGGGGAGACGUGUCAAAGAAGAGGGAUCAAACUAUAUCCCAACUAACGUACUCAGAUACCAAUCCUUUAAGAACAUUGUAUGACGUCAUCAUUAGCCCCAUCAAAGAUUUGAUUAAUGGCAAUGAACUGAUAUUUGUUCCCGAAGGUCCAUUGUGUUUGGCUCCUUAUGCUGCAUUGAUGGAUUCUAAUUCAAAGUACUUGAGCGAGUAUUUCAGAAUCCGGGUAAUUCCGUCAUUGAAUAGUUUGAAAUUGAUCAGAGAUUGUUCACCAGAUUACCACAAGAAGUCUGGGGCGCUGCUUGUGGGUGAUCCAUGCGUAGAGCAAGUUUGUUAUCGUGGGAAAAGGCUAGAACAGCUGCCAUUUGCAAAGAUGGAAGUACAGAUGAUUGGGAAAAUACUCAACACUUUUCCCGUCACUGGAAAAGAGGCAACAAAAGCUCAAGUGAUGAGAAAACUCCCUUCAGUUGCAUUGGUGCACAUUGCAGCACAUGGUAGGAUGGAAACAGGAGAAAUUGCUUUGGCACCAAACCCUACAAGAGCAUCCCAGAUCCCUGCUGAAGAAGACUUCGUGCUAAGAAUGAGUGAUGUGAUGAGAGUUCAAAUGCGAGCAGGACUGGUUGUGCUAAGUUGUUGCCAUAGUGGCUGUGGUGAGAUUAAGGCUGAGGGUGUGGUUGGCAUUGCACGAGCCUUCCUGGGUGCCGGUGCUCGUUCUGUUGUUGUGUCUCUGUGGGCAAUUGACGACUACGCCACUCAGGAGUUCAUGAAGAGUUUCUACCUUCACCUAGCAGAAGGAAGAAGUGCCAGUGAAUCUCUGAACCACGCCAUGAAGUGUCUGAGAGAGUCUGAGAAAUUUAGCGAAGUGAAGCACUGGGCUCCAUUUGUACUCAUCGGUGACGAUGUUACCUUGGACUUGGCUAAAGGCGAUUAGAUGAUCUUCAAUAUAGCUAAAGGUUGUUCAGUCCAUCUAUCGAGAAGGCUGGGGCAACUCUGUCGAUUUGUUAUUACGAGACUGCUAAAUUUUAUUACCUUUUUAAAUAUAAAUAGCUGACUAGCCAACACUGAGUUUAUAGGGAAAUGCUUUUCUCCGGACUCUAUAUACAUCAGAGUCGUAUCAAUGUGUAUCCGUAAAGGUUUUUGCACCCAUAAUUUUAUAAAUGAAUGCGCCUCA